AGCAUGCGUAAAUAAACGUGGCGGGACGUAUGUGUCAUGGCGCUCUCCAUCUAAAGUCUGUGCAGCUUCCGGAGAGUGGCGGGUUGAUUUUCUCACUUUGGACUGGUUUUUACUUCCAGACUUCUGGACUCAUCUUUCAAGAGGACUUUAGACUAAUUGCAGAUAAUUAAGAGAAUAUGCCUUCUGCAUCCUGUGAUACACCACUGGAUGACAUCGAAGAUAUCGUGUCUCAGGAAGAUUCAAAACCACAAGAUAGGCAUUUUGUAAGAAAGGAUGUUGUCCCGAAGGUACGAAGGCGAAAUACCCAAAAAUAUUUGCAAGAGGAAGAAAACAGUCCACCAAGUGACAGCACUAUUCCAGGCAUACAGAAAAUUUGGAUACGAACAUGGGGUUGUUCUCAUAAUAAUUCAGAUGGAGAAUAUAUGGCUGGACAGCUAGCUGCUUAUGGCUAUAAAAUUACAGAAAAUGCAUCCGAUGCAGAUUUAUGGCUCCUGAACAGUUGCACUGUAAAAAACCCAGCUGAAGACCACUUUAGAAACUCAAUUAAAAAAGCUCAAGAGGAGAACAAGAAAAUCGUACUGGCUGGAUGCGUUCCUCAAGCCCAACCUCGCCAGGACUACCUUAAGGGACUGAGUAUCAUUGGGGUUCAGCAGAUAGAUCGUGUGGUAGAAGUUGUGGAGGAAACAAUUAAAGGUCACUCUGUGAGACUGCUGGGUCAGAAAAAGGAUAAUGGAAGGCGGCUUGGGGGAGCACGAUUGGAUUUGCCGAAGAUUAGGAAGAAUCCACUGAUAGAAAUCAUUUCCAUCAAUACCGGGUGUCUCAAUGCUUGUACCUACUGCAAAACUAAACACGCCAGAGGAAAUUUGGCCAGUUAUCCAAUUGAUGAACUAGUAGAUAGAGCCAAACAAUCUUUUCAAGAGGGUGUUUGUGAGAUAUGGUUGACCAGUGAAGACACGGGGGCUUAUGGCAGAGAUAUUGGCACCAAUCUCCCCACACUCCUGUGGAAACUGGUUGAAGUGAUUCCUGAGGGAGCAAUGCUGAGGCUUGGCAUGACAAAUCCGCCCUAUAUUUUAGAGCAUCUGGAGGAAAUGGCAAAAAUCCUUAAUCACCCCAGAGUCUACGCUUUUCUGCACAUACCAGUCCAGUCUGCCUCCGACAGCAUACUCAUGGAAAUGAAAAGAGAAUACUGUGUGGCUGACUUCAAAAGAGUAGUGGAUUUUCUGAAAGAGAAAGUUCCUGGAAUAACUAUUGCUACAGAUAUUAUCUGUGGUUUUCCUGGAGAAACAGAUCAGGAUUUUCAAGAAACAGUGAAACUUGUUGAAGAGUACAAAUUCCCAAGCCUCUUUAUUAACCAAUUUUACCCAAGACCAGGAACUCCUGCUGCAAAAAUGGAACAAGUUCCAGCACAAGUGAAAAAGCAAAGGACAAAAGAUCUUUCUCGGGUAUUUCAUUCUUACAGUCCAUAUGAUCACAAGCAACAUAGAAACUAUUGGACUGUGCUUCUUUAAAAUUAAGGACAUUCAUCUGGAAGCUGGGACAGGACUGAAAGGGAAGGUAUUUUAAACCAAACCAUUUCAUUCGCUCAGGAAGGCAGUGCCAGAAAGACAGCUUUCAAGAGGCCAGUGCUCCGCUUCUCCAUUGGAGAACGGGUGCCAUCCAGGGGGAAGGCAUGAACAGAUGGAUAAGUUAGAGAACCUGACAGCUUUCCUCUCCCUCCACGAGUCGUCAGUAGACUUUGAUUAGAAAUGUAAUAAACUCCCAUAAUGCCAAAUAAACUUCCUUCAAGUAUAUAAAUACCAAAACACGAGUGAUUUUCUUAUUUGUAACAUUUUAAUGAAUCUUAAUGUUUUUGCAUUAUCAUGAAUAUAUCAGUGUUUACAUUGGUCUUGCCUCUUUUUCAUGUUACCAGCUUGUCCAAAGGACAACCAGACAUCUGUAUGGUUCUCCCACUCAGGGAAAUCACUGUAGGCCAUGUUUUGUGUUUACUUAGACUUCAAGUGAAGUUAGGUGUCCUCUGUAUGCUUAUACCUAGUGUCAUAGCACAGAUUUAUAUGUGUGUAAACAGUGUGUUUGUAAUAGGACUCAAUAGUCUUUAUAUACAGUUUUUUAAAACUCUCAUUCAUUUAUUGUCACUAUACGCAAGACGUUGAAAAUGCAAACAGUAAGAUUCUGUGUGGUCCCAUGUCUUGACACACUCUCAGGCUGUUGGGGAGGAUGGAGAUGAACAGCUAAUUUUAAUUCUAAGAUUCAUAUGUAAUGCCAUUACUACCCACUAUUAGUAAUUACUGUAUUAUUGGUAGUAGUGUUAAUAGCAAAGCAUAAAUGUGUUUUAAAGGAACCUUGUUAUAAAAGUUUAACUGAAGGUCAUUUGAAACUUUGAAAGCACAAAGUAUUCAGUGCUAGCUUCAUGCCUGAAAAAGGUCUGGGGGACCAUGACUCAUUAAUUAUUUCAUUCAAAUAAAUCUAUUGCUCUUUCUCCUAAGAACUAAAAAUGUGUACUUUUUUUUUCUAAGAUAGAUAUUUAGGGGUUUCUCUAAACUGUUGUGGUUCUUGUGUCAACUUCCCAAGAACACGAUGGUCCCAAGGUACCUUUUUGAGUUUCGUAUUUGCCUUAAAUUGUAACCAAGAAAACCAAGAAUACCCAUCCAAAUAACUUGUCCAGUGCUUUUUCCUUCAUAGCACUGAACUCUUAUGUGUUAUUUCUUUGGACGCCUUCUCAAAUUAUAAAGGUAACACGGAGGAAUUACUUCCUAGCUGUCUCUCCUAUACUGCAAUAAAUUAUUGUCCUCUGCUCUUCCCAAAGGCCGCCAAGGUUAUUGACAGCCCUGACCAAUGUCUACCGUUGCCAUCCCCUCGCCCCCACCCCUUACUAAAGUGUCCCACCCCACACCCUUGAAUACAGAUUAGAAUCAAAGAAGGAACUAUUGGGAGGAGAAGGGGGUUGGGACGGUCAUGCAUGAUGCAGUUUGUCAGCAUUAAUGUGAACAAAAGGUCACCAAGACUCAUCAGAUUGACAACGGAGAAAGAACAUCAUUCUCUGCUUUUAGAAAUUCCUUAUUUUAUAAUUUACCUAGUAGGCUGCCAAUUAUUUAAUUUUGAGUUAAAGAUAUUGUUCUUGGUGAAAAACCUAUUUAUUUUUAAUCAUAGUUGAUUAACCUGUAUAUUACUAGUUAUGAGUUAUUUCAGUUAUUUACAGUUUGUACUUGACCGUCACCGCCACAUGCAGAUUUAUCAUAAAAAGGAGGGAACUAUUCUCCUUAAUUUAUUUUGUUUUUCACAGCCUGUUAUGGUUUUUAAAAGGAGAUAAGGCAUGAAAAAGCCCUGAAACAAUGGGCUAAAGUCAUCCUCUGAAUAUGUGAGAUGUUUUUUAUCUUUUCAGAGAAUCUUUGUAAUUUAGGGACGUUUUAA